UGUUGGUUAAAUCCCCAACGGAUUUUGUUUUCUGCCCCAAUAAUUCACUGUAGGGCCGCUCAGCCGGGGCGGCAGACCCCCAUCCCGUGUCCCGCGCCGCUCCGGCGGCUCCGCGCCAUCCCGCCCCCCCGUGACACACUGCUGUCCUCCCCCCCACCCUCCCCAGGAUCUUCGUGAACCGCAGCCUGGCGUUGGAGAAGAUCAAGUGCUUCGGCUUCGACAUGGACUACACCUUGGCCAUGUACAAAUCGCCCGCCUACGAGGAGCUGGGCUUCAGGCUGCUGCUGGAGCACCUGGUGUCCAUCGGGUACCCCCACGAGAUCCUGGCCUACAAAUACGACCCCACCUUCCCCACCCGGGGGCUGGUGUUCGAUGCGCUCUAUGGGAACCUGCUGAAGGUGGACUCGCAUGGCAACCUGCUGGUCUGCGCCCACGGCUUCCGCUUCCUCCGGGGAGCUGAGAUCCUGCACUACUACCCCAACAAGUUCAUCCAGCGGGACGACAUGAAGCGCUUCCACAUCCUCAACACCCUCUUCAACCUCACGGAGACCCACCUCUACGCCUGUCUGGUGGACUUCUUCUCCAACUGCCCCAAAUACAUCAGCUGCGACACCGGCUACAAGCAUGGGAACCUCUUCAUGUCCUUCCGCAGCAUGUUCCAGGACGUGCGUGAGGCCAUGGACCAGGUGCACCUCUCGGGCUGCCUGAAGGAGAAGACGUUGGAGAACCUGGAGAAAUACGUGGUGAAAGACCCCCGUGUGCCACUGCUGCUGAGCCGCAUGAGGGAGGUGGGGAAGGUGUUCCUGGCCACCAACAGCGACUACAAUUACACCGAUGCCAUCAUGUCCUACCUGUUCGACUUCAGUGAUGAGGACGAGACUGGGACCCCCCCACGGCCCUGGCGCUCCUACUUCGAUCUCAUUGUGGUGGACACCCGCAAGCCACUCUUCUUUGCCGAGGGCACCGUCCUGCGCCAAGUCAACACGGACACGGGGAAGCUGCGCAUCGGGACGUACACGGGGCCCCUCCAGCACUGUGCUGUCUACUCUGGUGGCUCGUCAGACUUGGUGUGCGACCUGCUGGGCGUGAAGGGCAAGGACAUCUUGUACAUGGGGGACCACAUCUUCGGGGACAUCCUCAAGUCCAAGAAGCGGCAGGGCUGGCGCACCUUCCUGGUGGUGCCCGAGUUGGCCCAUGAGCUGCAGGUGUGGACGGAGAAGAGCGAGCUGUUUGAGGAGCUGCGGAGCCUGGACCUGUUUUUGGCAGAGCUGUACCAGCAUUUGGACAGCGGCAGCAGCGAGCGCCCGGACAUCAGCUCCAUCAAACGUCGCAUCCAGAAAGUCACGCAUGAGAUGGACAUGUGCUACGGGAAGAUGGGCAGCCUCUUCCGCUGCGGCUCGCGCCAGACCCUGUUUGCCAGCCAGCUGAUGCGCUAUGCAGACCUCUAUGCUGCCUCCUUCCUCAACUUCCUCUACUACCCCUUCAGUUACCUUUUCCGGGCACCGUCUGUCCUGAUGGCCCAUGAGUCAACGGUGGAGCACGGCCCUGUGGACGCUGGAGAGGGAAGCACAGCCCUGGAGCUGCAGCUGGAGCAGCACAGCCAGCAGGACCUGGGGCUCCCCCAGGACUCCAGCGGAGAGGAGGAAGAGGAUGGUGAGGCCUGAGCCCACAGCUGCUGAUUCAGCAGUGCCAAUCCCCAGCAGACACCAGGCGCUGCCCCCGGGGCUGAUAGCAGCAGAACGUCCAGCACCACGGUUCCCUCCUCCACACCCACGAGCUGUUGCAGGGCAGCACAAGUGCACCCAGCAGCUC